AAACAUCAGAGUAGUUCUAUCCGUCAGCGUGUGCUGCAAGGAGCAAUUGAAUUGUACACUUGGAAAAUGGCGAGUUGGUGUGUGCGAUCCGUGCGACAGAGCUACCCCCUUAUAGCUUCGCCUGCCUUAAGAGUGUCUCCAAGACUGCUGUGCACGGCCACCCAGCAGAAGAAUGGCCCGGGACCGGAGGAGUCGGAAAAGCCGGAGCACAGCGCGGGGGAGAAAGCCCUGAUGGAGGAGAAGAGCCAGCUGGAGGGGCAGCUGAAAGACAUGACGGAAAAGUAUAAGAGAGCCUUAGCAGACACAGAGAACCUGAGGACAAGGAGUCAAAGGAUGAUAGAUGAUGCGAAAUUAUACGGGAUCCAGGGCUUCUGCAAGGACCUGUUGGAGGUGGCCGACAUCCUGGAGAAGGCCACGGAGAGCGUGCCCAAAGAGGAGGUGACGAGCCAGAACCCCCACUUGAAGAACCUGUACGACGGCCUGGUGAUGACCGAGAUCCAGAUCCAGAAGGUGUUCACCAAGCACGGCCUGGUCAAGCUCAACCCGGAAGGCCAGAAGUUCGAUCCGUACGAGCACGAGGCGCUCUUCCACGCCCCCAUCGAGGGCAAGGAGCCCGGCAGUGUCGCCGUGGUGACCAAAGUGGGCUACAAGCUUCACGGCCGCACCUUGCGGCCGGCACUGGUGGGCGUGGCCAAAGCACCGUAGGACCAUAGGCAAACUGACCAGGUUUUGGCACCUCCUCCACCUGUGAGGUGCCUCAGAGACAAUUUUGACAAUUUCAAUUUAUUUUCUAAGGGACUCUGUCUUGUACAGGACAUUCUACUCUGUCAAAUAUCAGUCUGUCGUAUGUCGUUUGAGUUCUUUCAGAUAUUAAAGUUAUUUAAAUAAACCAUCACCAGGUUCCAGGCAGAGGCCCUUCACGUCUUUAUACUUCAGGAGGAGACAGAAGUUUUUUAAAUGUGUACCUACGGUGCAAAAUCCUCUCACAAAGCAGACCGGCUGCUGACCGUCAUUCCAGGCUGAUGUCCGAUGACAUUAAUUCUCCUAAAUAGACGUUUUUGAGUUGGAACUUAACAUAAAUGGAGGAACUCCUCUGGCAAUGUGAUUUUAGAAGAAGGUUGACAUGACGCUUCUUGUUGAGAGACACUCUGGGUUAUACGCCUUUUUGUGUUGGUAAACAGGUCUCGGCUCAGCUAACGACUCAUAACUUGGAGAUGUAACGGCUAAAUCUGUAAACCGGUGUGAGAAUUAUGUGCGGACCUCCGUCCGAUUUAUGAAGCGUCCGAAUAAAGAGAUUCUUGUGGAAAUCCAUUUCGGAUCACUGUCUGACUCUUUCUGCAGGACCCAUCUAAUUAAGAGAAAGUUUACCGGCCCCUUAUUCUUACUUAAGAGAAAGUUUCACAGAUAGCAUUAUCAUGUUGUAAAGGCUUUUACAAAGCCUCUCAUUACACCAGCUAAAGGAUUUAUUUUAUCUUUUAGUUAAAGUAGUCAAUUCACUGCUGUUAACACCAAAAGAAA